AUGUACAACUCCUUCCAGGGCGGUUACCAAGGCCAAUACCCUGGAGGUUACCAGCAGCAGCAGCAAACUGGGUACCAAAACCAGUACGGCUUUCAAAACCAGCAGCAGCAGCAGCCUCAACAGCCUCAGUACAUGCAACAGCAGCUGACUGGGUUUUACCAAGGGAAUCAGAUUCAGCAGCCUCAGCAGCCAGGGCUCUUUCAAGGUCAACAAACUGGAUUCCAGCCUCAGCAAACGGGGUUUCAGCCUCAGCAAACGGGAUUCCAGCCGCAGCUUUCUCUGUUUGGCGGCUUGAAUCCCCAGCAAACUGGCUUCCAGCAGCCUACUGGAUUUCAGCCUCAGCAGACCGGGUUCAGUAGCGCUGGUGUUGGCCAGCAGCCAUUGCAGGCACAGAAAACUGGCUUCACGGCGGCAUUGGGCUCUGUGACUGAAAACAAGGAGUUGAAGAUCCCUGCUAUUCGUUUAUCGUUUAUCACUGCCGAAGAGCAGACAAAGUUCGAGCACCUCUUCAGGACUGCAGUGCUCAAGGGUGAAAACUCCAUCUCCGGUGACGCAGCUAGAGACAUUUUGUUGCGUUCUGGUUUGCAGCCUGUCACGUUGGCUGAAAUCUGGACUCUUGCCGAUACCAACAAGCUGGGUUCCCUUUUGUUUCCUGAAUUUGCGUUGGCGUUGCACUUGUGCAACCAAUCGUUGAAAGGAGAGCCUUUGCCUGGUGUUUUGCCUCAAAAAUGGGCUAAUGAGGUACAGAGCUUCGUGGAUGCCAUCAACUUUGCCGUUCCUGAAGAUCCUAAUAAGGUCUUAGCCAACACUCCAUUUUCGUCGUUCGCAGCGCCCAAACCUUCUCAGAGUGAUUGGCUUGAUAGUCAGCCCGGUAUCCUGAACUUCUCAGGCAACGGUGCUGCUCCUCCUCCAACAUCUUUCGCAGCUCAGCCUACCGGUGGUUUCAACUCGUUGACUGCACAGCGCACAGGUGGUGGCUCACUUAUCCCAUUGCAACCUCAGCAAACUGCCAGUUUGAUUCCUGCGCAGCCUCAGCAAUUGCAGUCGCAAAGAACUGGGCCUCUUCAGCCUCAGGGUACUGGUUUCCAAGCCCAGCAGCCUCAAUUGGCUGCUCAACGCACCGGUUCCGGUCCAACGGGCGGCUCUCAGCCUCAACAAACUGGUCUCCUUCAGCAACAAGGCACUGGCUUCAAUGGAUCGCAGGGUAUCCAACAACAACGCACCGGAGGCUUCCAACCUCAGCAAACUGGAAUUCAACCGCAACAAACAGGCAGCUUUCAACCUCAGCAGACUGGUGGCUUUCAACCUCAACAGACUGGCGGUUUUCAGCCUCAGCAGACUGGCGGGUUAUUGCAAUCUCAACCUACGGGUAAGCCUGGUCAAUGGGGAUUUGUUCACACUCCUACGGGAGGAAUUCCUGGUUUGAAUGCCAUGGAACAACACUUCCUAUCAAAUACGCAACUGAGCGCAAAUAAUUUGCAAAAUGCAAUGGGAGGCUCUUUGAAGAGCAAUGUCACUUGGGCCAUCACCAAGCAAGAGAAACAAAUUUACGAUGGUAUCUUUGCUGCCUGGGAUCCUGAGAGAAAGGGCUUUAUUCAGGGUGAGACUGCUAUCGGUAUUUUCAACAAGUCUGGUUUGAGCAGACCUGACUUGGAGUCUAUCUGGAACUUAUGUGACUCGAGCAACCGUGGUAAGCUCAACAAAGACGAGUUUGCUGUGGCCAUGCAUCUUGUUUACCGCCGUUUGAACGGGUUCGAUAUUCCCUUGAGACUACCACCGGAGUUGAUUCCUCCUUCUGCAAAGUACUUGCAGGACUCGGUAGAUACUCUCAAGAACUCUUUGAAAGGUGGUUCCAAGGGCAAGCAACAGCCUCCUAAGCAACAGACAUCUGCAUCAAGAUUCAAAAACAAUGAUGAUGACAUGGGAUACAUUUCCAAUUCACGUCAUAGAAGCAGAAGGCCCCUUGAAGACCAGCCUAGCAGCGUCCAGUCCUCGAAGUCUCGUGAUUUGAGCAUAGCUGAGUUGAAAAAAUUGAUUCGUGAAAAGCAGAUUCUUUUGGAUGCUGUGAAUGCUGAGGAUCAGCACAAUUCAAUAGCAAACAGGCAAUCAGAGGACUACAAUUCAAAGAUCAUCGAGGGAUUGAAGAACCAGAUCAAAGAAACUCAACAAAAAUUGAGCAAUGUUGCGCUUGGUGGCUCUCAGGAAGAGAAGAAGCAACUUUUGGAGAAAUUAGAUCACUAUACAAAAGACAAGGUCCCUACCUUGAUUCAGAAAAUUCACAAGGUCAAUCAAGAUCUUGCAAGAACCAAGACAGAAGUCGCCAAAGCUAAAUUGAAGAAGGAGUAUCCAGACUGGAAUCCUGAAGCUGGUGACUCUGAAAUUACCGGCACCGGCCCCAACGGUGAAGUUACGGAGAAGGAUAGAAUAAGACACAAGUCAAAGGUUCUCUUGAGACAACGCAUGGCUGCAUUGACGGGCAAAUCCUUCUCUGAGGGAACUAAUAAAGAUGCUGAUAACAAGCUCAAGCAAGUUUCGGAAAAUGCCUCGAAAGAAUGUGAGAAUGAGACAUCGAUGAUCAAGGAUAUCGAAGCUAGUAUCAAGAACUUGGAAGAUGGCGCAGCGAUUCAUCUUCAAGUUUCUGUCAAAGAUGACGCUGGCGCAGAGAAAUGGGAAAAUGGUGUUGGUGUUUCACAAGCCGUGAAGCUAUUCAUUGAUGAGUUGAAACAGUUUGAGGAGAAACUGCAACAACAGCAACCUAAAGCACAAGACAAGGAUGAAACCUUCCAGCAAUCCAAGUCAACAGGUGCGCAGGCUACACAGAGUGCUUCAUCGGGCACUUCCUCGCCAGCAUCUCACAGAACCUCUGAGGAGAGAGCUGCUUAUAUUAAAGAACAGGCUCAAAAGAGGAUGAGUGAGAGAUUGGCCAAAUUGGGCAUUUCUAGAAACAGAGGUCAGCAAUAUAAUCAAAGUGUAUCCUUGCCACCACAGACUACUUCUCCAAAACCCUCUUCCCCAAAGCCUCCUACACCAAAUCAAGCAAAUGACAAGAACGAAUCGAAACCGGAACAUGUUCCAAAGGCAGAGCCUCCAGCAAGCUCUCAACCCAAGUCUCUUACCGAAGAGGAGAAGAAGGCUACCGAAUCCAGUGACGAUGAUGACGAGGAGUAUGCAGCUUUGCUUGAGCAGAAGAAGGAGCUCGAGGCCAAAAAGUUGAGGAAAAAGCAAGAGAAGGAAGCCAGACUUGCAAAAUUGAAGAAAGAGAUGGCCGAAAUGGAGAACUCGAGUGAAGAAGAAGAAGCGCCGGCUCCUGCUCAAGUUUACAAACCUACUAACAAUAAUGUGACAGCUAAUGCAGCUCAGUCCGCACAAGGGCCCGCUUCCUCAAAGACACCUGAAGCAACGAUCACAAGUCCUGGAGAGACAAAGAAAGAGGAGAGUGAGUCAUCCGCAAAUGGUCCACACAAGAGUAACCCCUUCGCAAGGUUUGGUGGUGAUGGCUCCAGUCAAGGAAACGAGUCAUCAAGUGGAACUCCAAAGUCGGCACAGAACACCAAUCCAUUUUUCAAACCUACUCAGAAGCAAACCCCAGCGGACCAAAAACGUAUGGAAGCGCAACGAGCAUCUCAAAGAGGAAUGGGAAGCGAUGACUGGAGUGAUGACGAGGCUAAUUCAUCCGAUGAUGAUGAACCAAAUAGAGCAGGUGCUGCCAAGUUAGCCAGCUUACUCUUUGGUGGUAUGCCUCAGCCAAUAACUAGAAACCCCACUGGCAACACAAAGGCAGCUGAGCCUGCUCAUGUAGCAGAGCCCUCAAAGCCUCAGGAACAAGUUUCACCUGCUGAAGCACCACAGGUUCCUCAACCUCCACCUCAGCAGGCUCCUCAGCCACCGCAACAAGAGGCUCCUCAACCACCACUGCAGCAGGCUCCUUCAGCUGCUCCAGAUUCAUCUCUUCCUCAAAGCAAUGGUCCCGAUACAUCAAUAGAUGACAAGUCGUCUGAGUUCGACUCUGAUUCUACCGACGAAUUUGCUACGCCUUCUCCUCCGAGUGAAGCUGCUAAUGGCGGUGCCAGAGAUAUCCCACCAAUUCCGCAACUGGCUCCGCCUAUCCCUCUGGAGGUUCCACCUGUUCCAGAAGUGCCAACACCACCAUCUGUGGCUCCUCCAAUCCCACAAGAAGCCCCACCUAUUCCUACGCAAGCUCCUCCCGUUCCACAACAGGCUCCUCCUCCACCUUCUGGAGAAGCUCCUCCUCCUCCUCCUCCUCCUCCGCCUCCCCCGCCAGCUCAGGCUCCCCCUGUUCCUAGUGGAGGAGCGCCGCCACCGCCUCCCCCAUCUUUCCUCUCUGCUCCAUCUGACUCGGGGACAUCAAAGGCUGCCCCUUCUCCAGGUGGACCUCCUAACAUAGGUGCUCUCUUGGGUCAGAUUCAGGGAGGAAAGUCACUCAAAAAGGUUGAUGACAGUGAGAAGCACAUUGCGGAGUCAUCUACGGUUGGUAGAGUUUUAUAA